AUUAUUCGUAUCGUAAGAUUCUCGUAUUGAUAAUCAUUUGUGGGGGCUUAUUGCUUUACUUCGGUCCACUUGUUGCACACUGGCUAUUUUCUUCGACCGGAGAAUCAGUGCAAGUUUUAGCCACAGCUUCCGGAAAGAAAUUUGGGUUAUCGAUAAAUCGGUUACAAUUUAGAAGUAGUUUUAUUCUGUAAGGAAACGAAACAAAAUCCCGAAACUGAUUGCGUAGUAUGUGCCAGAAAGGACGGAAGAAUAGAUAUGAGAUAUCGCUACAAAGACUAUGACAUGGAACCGUGGAUAGACGAUCGUUUUAAUCUAUUUGUUAAAAAUUUAAUUUACGAGUGUUAUGAGAGACAAUAACUAUUUAUCUAAGAAUCUGCUACAACAUGGGUCAUAAGCAUCUAUUUCGCUUGACAGUCUACAUAGAAACAUUACUUUUCGAUAACAAAUUUCUAAUAAAGGAAUAUAUAUAGUGCGCAGUAAUUUCAAUGUAUCCCUUUGAUCCAACACUGUGUUUAGAUUUGCAUUACUCGCUAAAAUUCGUGACCAAUAUCGUUAAUCAUUCGAAGAUUAUUGUAUGAACGAAAGACUGGCUCCAUUUCGUUUAGACGCAGAAGAAUAUAAUGUCAACAUCCUUCACAAUCCACAGAAGGAAAAUGAACAUAAUUAUUUACCGUAUAUUGGUAACGGAGUUUUCGGAAUUCCAAUUUUACCUGAAUCUGGUAUAUAUAUAAAACGAGGACGAGCAUUAUCGUUGCCAGUUCCAUGGCAGCCAUUCAUUUCUCACUCGUUGCCCAAAAGUAACUCCCAUCGAGAAGCUACGGUUACAGAUUUUACAAAUGGGGUCGUUUACCACUAUCAGUGUCUGAGAGAAAGAUAUUAUAUAGAAUUUCAGUAUUACGCUCAUAGAGUAUUCGAUGCGAUAGCAGUGCAAGAUAUAAAGAUAGUUAAUCCAUUCUCAUUUUCGCAAAAUGUACCGUUGAAACAUCAGAUGCCUACGCACUGGAGCAAUUCCCACUUGGAAUCGAUCAAAAUGCCAGUAGAUGAUUUUAUACAAGAGUACAACUUGAUCAGUGGAUUUGUUCCGUUACCUGAUUCGAAUAAGAUUGUAACUGUUUCGAUGCUUUACAAGGUUCCGCCAAGGGUAGUGCAGGUUAAAGCAAGGAGUACCGUAAAAUUAAAAUUCAUGAUUAGUGUACAAUACAGCGAACCUAUUACCAUGGAAGAGUAUCACGUUCAUUAUGAAAUAACGAAAAAAAAAGCCAUCGAGGCAAUGAAAAAAAUAACUAGAGUUACACAACGAAAUUUGAAGAACGACCAUGCCAAUCUGUGGCAAAGUUACUGGUACACGAGCCUUAGUAUAAGCGAUUCCAAAGCCGAUAGCGUUAUUAAUGGUCAUAAAAUAAAUUCCACGAUGUACUAUGUGUUAUCGCAAAUUUCAAAGGGCGUUCCGGACGUGGAGAAAAAUGUAGCCAUGAACGAAGGUUGUUAUCGCGGACAUCAUACUUUGGACGCGCCGCGUUUGUGGAAAGAUACGUCCACGGUUUCCGGUAUGAAUAGCGUGGUCGAGGCAUGGUUAAUAACGCUGGAGAAACAAGGUUGCCAUCAUUUAAUGACCGGUGACCCAUCGGCGGUGCAACAGGCUAUUGUUCUGAGCCUCGGUGGCCUACGUUUCAGCAAUCAGCAUCUCGAAUUCAACAUCGAUCCGCAAUAUCUUCAUCGAGACUACUUAUUUAGAAGAAUAAGUUACGGUAACGUGACUCAUGUAAAUAUAUCGGUAACGGUUGGGGAAGACAAUCGUGCAGUUUUGGGCGUAGCUUUGGACAAAAGCGACAGUGUUUAUUUCGGCUGUGAUGCUGGCUGUUUGGACGCGCCUGUUUCCUUGAGUCAAUCGUACACAAAUUUUCCAGUGAAAUUAACGAAACCGUUAACGGCCAUAUUAUACAUAACGUCUGAUCAUCAGCAUAUGCAAGACCUGCGAAAUGCGUUACACGUACACGCGGUGCACGACGCUCCAGCGCACGAUCAUCUUGUAAUGGCUUUACAUAAACAUGGACAUCAGCUUGGAGGAUUGCCAACACUUUUUUGGAUUAGCAUAUGUUUUCUUAUAAUCGUGUUCCAUUUGUUCCUUUGUAAGCUUAUUAUUAACGAAUAUUAUAACCCUCAAGAGAAACAGAAAAUCGCAACUAUAGAGUAUGUGGCGAUAGCGUAGGGGCAUUUGUAAGGUUGGCAGCGCGAGUGGCGCCAGCUGGUGGUAAUAGGCUGAAGACAUGAGACAGAGAACCAGCG